AAAAAAAAAAAAAAAGGACCAGGAGGAGCUUCCUCCCGAAGGAAUAACAUCUCAGCCACCUGGUAACUUUUGGGGUUGGCUUGCUUUUUUUUUUUUUUUCUUUUUUUUUUUCUUUUUUUUUUGUUGUUGUUGUUGGUGUGUGGACGUUCAGGAUGAACAAAGCCGAGAAGGAAAACGAGCCGAGUGAAUUCAGCGGCAGCCACGAAGAAGAGGUCCGAACGCUCUUUGUCAGCGGGCUGCCACUCGAUAUCAAGCCACGGGAGCUUUAUCUCCUCUUCAGACCAUUUAAGGGCUAUGAAGGUUCCUUGAUAAAGCUCACCUCCAAACAGCCGGUGGGCUUUGUCAGCUUUGACAGUCGAUCAGAGGCGGAGGCUGCUAAGAAUGCCUUGAACGGGGUCCGGUUUGAUCCCGAGAUCCCACAGACCCUCCGGCUGGAGUUUGCCAAGGCCAACACCAAGAUGGCCAAGAACAAGCUGGUGGGCACUCCCAACCCCCCUCCAUCCCAGCAGAGCCCCGGCCCACAGUUCAUUAGCAGAGACCCAUAUGAGCUCACAGUGCCCGCUCUCUAUCCCAGCAGCCCAGACGUGUGGGCGUCAUACCCACUGUACCCGGCGGAGCUGUCGCCGGCCCUCCCUCCCGCUUUCACCUACCCCUCCUCGCUCCACGCUCAGAUCCGCUGGCUCCCACCUGCAGAUGGAAGUCCUCAGGGAUGGAAGUCAAGGCAGUUCUGCUGAAGUAUGUGUUCCUGAUGUGUGAUGGUGGCCCCGGCCGGCUGUGACGGGCGUCGCUGACUGCCUCUCCGCUCCAGUUUGACCCCCGGAGGACUGACUCCGGCUGCGGUAGCAGCGAGCCGUCGGCCUCAGGACACACCAGACAUCCGCCUCCAUCACACAUCGAGAAUCUGCCCCUUGCCCUCUAUUUUUUCUUUUUCCCCCCCAUAUGGUUACAGACUCCAAAUAUCCCGGCGGCGCUCUGGCUGCACCUCCACCAAAGGUACCCCCCCCUUUGUUUACAGGUAUGCAAGGAGUUGCGCAUUUAUAUGCACGGGAGUGUGGCUAAAGCGCUGCCGGAUGAUAAACAUGAGGUUAUUAUAUGACGUAUAGUCCAUAUAUCAUUCUUAUUUGUGUCAGUAGGAUUAUUAAGAGCAUGACGUUGCCCCACAAAAAAAAAAAAAAAAAAAAAAGUACUUGUUUUUUAAAAAAAGAGGUAUUUUUGUAACCAUUUUAGAAGGGUUUCAUGUUGGGCUAGAGCAGGGCAACCAUGUGUAAAUAUCACACAACAAUCGAGCAAAUUAUCAAUAAAUAUUACCUGAAUAAAGUUGUGCUAUUGUGAGGAAAAAAAUAACGUUGGAGAGAAUUGUCGUAAUAUUACAAACAAAGUCGUACGGUUACAAGAAUAAUUGUACGAUUGCGACCAAAAAGGUGUAGUAAUGUUAUGAGAAUAAAGUCGGAUUAUUUUGAGAAAAAGGUUGAAGACAAGAAGGUGAUAAAAUAUUGAGAAUAAAGUCGUCCAAUUCGAGAAAUAAGAUGUUAUUUUAGGAGAGUAAAGUCACGGUAGUCGAGAAAAUGUGUAAAUCUAGUUGUACUAAUAAUAAAUUGGAGAGAAUAGUCAGAAUAUUAUAAAAGUUGUAAUGUUACAGGUCUAAAGUCACGCAAUUAUGGUGAAAAAUAUUAAUAUUAAGAGGAAAGAAAUUGUAGUGUUAGAAGAAAAAAGUCAAAGUACAAAAAAAUUCGUAAAUGAAAAAUAAUCAUCUGAAAAUAAUGUGGUAAUAUUACCAGAAUAAAGUCAUACUAUUAAAAGAAAAAAAAAUCUUAAUAUUCAGUGGGAAAAAAACCCCAAAAAGUUCUGUUAAAAGAUUAAACUCAAGGAAAAUGUCAUAGUACUGUAGCAUUACAAUAAAAAAGCUGCUGUGUUACAAGGCUGGCGUAAUGUUAAGAGAAAAAUGUCGUAGUAUUCCUGGUGUCGUGUUGCAAAAAGUCUUUAAAAAAAAAUUAUUUUACAAAAAACGUAAUGUUACAAGACUGAAUUCCCAAUAUUACUAGAAAAAGUUAUAAUGUGCAGAGAGUAUUCAUUUUGUUGCAAAAAAAAAAGUACAAAGUUUUAAUGUAGUCGUGCUAACGUUACAACAAUGAUGAGAAAAAAACGAGCAAAAAAAUCGUCGUAUUACAAAAAGUCAGAAUCUUAACCAGAAAAGGAUAACACAUUUUGUCGCAACGUUGGUUAUGCUCGUAAUAUUAAUGUUAUAGGUUCCUAAAUUUACAAGUUUUUUUUCUUGGAAUUUUGCAACUAAUAAACUUGGGAAAAUUGCGCAUUUUCCCUCACAGUAUUACGACAUUCGAACAAAUUAUUAUUCAAAAUAUACAAUUAUUUUUUUCCCCCCGUGUCAGUGUUUUGCGCGGCGGUCCACAUCAAAUGCUAAUAGGUUGCCCACCCCCUAGCUCAACAUGAAACUCAUUUGUUUGACCUCUCGUGUUAACGCCAUUGCUUUGUUUUGUUUUGUGGCCAGCCAAUGACAAGAGAGCGCGAUACCAAAGCCGUCCUCUUUUGGCCGCGCUCUUGUCGACGUGUUUCUUUCUCGAAACCGCAAUACACGGCUAUAAUUAGCAACAGACCAAAGGCAUUUCAUUUUGUACACUGGAGCAGAGCUAGCUCGGCUAGUGCAACUUUUCUUGUUUUGACGCCUUUCAAGUCCUCAAUCUGAUUUUAUUAUUUUCUUUUUCUCAACGUUUUGGAACAGGGCGCUCACUUGAAGUCUCUUUUGUCUAUUUUUAAGCAGCCAAACUACUUUUCUUUACUGAAAUGUACAUAUUGUAGAAGGGAGCCGAGUCUGCUGUAGCAACAUCCUUCAUCGCAAAAUUCUUGUUUCCGCGACAUUUUGACGUCCAAAUUUUCCAUGUCGUAUUCUCAAUCAAUUUUCCCUGUUACGUACAAUCAUAUCUAUGAAGGCAUUGCCGGACCACACUGGAAAGAAAAUGACGGGAAUAAAGUCGGAUUAUUACCCGACAUAAAUUGCAGUGUUACGAGAAAAACAUUAUACAAGAAUAAAGUUGUUUUACGAGAAAAAGUCACAAUAUUUCUGAAAUAAAGUCCUAAGAUUACUCGGGGGGGGGGGGGGGGGGGGGGGCGGGUAGAAAAAGAUUACUUUUACGAGAAUAAACUCAUACUGUUAUCAGAAAUAAGUCGUACUUUUGUGCGGAAAAAUCACAAUGUUCCGAGAAUAGUCGUACUAUUAUGAGAAAAAAGUAGUACUAUAUUAUUUUUUUCCCCCCUCUGGUUAUAUAAUCCAACUUUAUUUUUGUUUAAAAAAAAAUUAUCUUUAGGACUUUUUUCUGGCAAUAUUACAACUGCAGCUUAGUCUUUUUUUUUUUUCCUGGAAAUAUUGUGACUUUAUUUUAGUGUUGUUUACAACUUUAUUCUGUGUAAAUUGACUUGUUUACUUUGCGAUUAGUCUGCUAACUUUAUUCUCGUUUUAUUUGUGUGGCCCGAAUACACCUUCGUACAUAUCAGACUAGUCGAUGUCUAAUAAUUAUUAAUAUGCACAAUCGUAUUUGAUUCAAGAACUAUUAUUAUUUUUUUGGUUUUAAGACAUUUUUUUUUAACACCCCAAAAUUUCUUUCAAGUAUUUAUAAAGUGUGUGCGUGUGUUUUAUGGGUGUUGUUUUCCCAAUUAUAUAAUUCAAUGUAAGUAUUAUUGUAUUGUAUAUUCAUUUGUGUGUGCGUGCUGUAUCUGACGGGUUGGAACGUACUGUACUGUAUGUACGAUAUACUGUAUAAAUACUACAUAAUUCACUGUGAAAUCCUGACAAUGACAAUAACAAAACAAAACAAAGAAAACAAAUGCCAUUGGAGUGAAUGGGUGUUUUUCUAGUAUGGUACAGUACAUGCUUGUAAAUCCCAUGUUUAUGUAUACAGUGUGGCUAGCUGCAUAUUAGGCUAGCCUUAUUUGUUUAAAAACAACAAAAAAAAGGUUUUUAUGAAAAUGUUCAAUGAAGACAUUUCAGGCCGUUUGCCAUUAAAGAUCGACAUGAUCCCAACUUGA